GGGCCCGGGGGGGUGCCCCGGGGUCCCCCGCUUACCGUGGAUCUGCGGAGCGACACGGUGACCCGGCCGUGCGCGGGGAUGCGCCGCGCCAUGGCCCGCGCCGCCCUGGGCGACGACGACUACGGGGAGGACCCGACAGUGAACGAGCUGCAGCGCCUGGCCGCGGGGACUCUGGGGAUGGACUCGGCUCUGUUCGUGCCCACGGCCACCAUGGCCAACCUCAUCGCUGUGAUGUGCCACUGCCAGCGCAGGGGGGCUCAGCUCUUCCUGGGCCGGGACAGCCACCUGCACCUGUACGAGCACGGCGGGGCCGCGCAGGUGGCCGGUGUGCACUCCCAGGCACUGCCGGAUCUGCCCAGCGGCACGUUGGACCUGGAGCAGCUGGAGCUGGCCGUCCGCGAGGCCCAGGGCAGCCAGUACCACCCGCGCCCUGAGCUCAUCUGCCUGGAGAACACGCACAGCUCGGCGGGGGGCCGGGCGCUGCCCCUCACCUAUCUCAGCCAGGUCCGUGGGCUCGCAGACCGUUACGGGCUGCGGGUGCACAUGGACGGCGCACGACUGAUGAACGCAGCAGUGGCGCAGCGUGUGGAGCCAGCUCAGAUUGCCCAGCACUGUGACUCUGUGUCCCUCUGCUUCUCCAAGGGCCUGGGCGCCCCGGCCGGGGCGGUGCUGGCGGGGAGCGGGGAGUUUGUCAGCGAGGCGUGGCGAGUGCGGAAGGUGCUGGGGGGCGGCAUGCGGCAGGCGGGAGUGCUGGCCGCCGCUGCCCGCCUCGGGCUGCAGCACGGAGAGGUGACACUGCGCGGGGACCACGACAACGCCCGGCGCUUCGCCGAAGGUGUCCACGGGCUGGACUCCGCCAUCUGUUCCGUCAGCCCGGCAGCGGUGGAGACCAACAUAGUGAUGGUCAGCGUGCGGGGGCCCUGGCCGUGCCCCGCCGAGCUCUGUGCCCGCCUGCGAGCCGUCAGCGAGGAGGAGGUGACCGCGACCGGGCGGGCCGUCAGCGUGCUGCUGCUCCCCUGGGCGGCACGGACUGUGCGGGCGGUCUGGCACCGCGGCGUCUCGGCCCGUGACACCGAGCUCGCCAGGAGAAAGCUGGAAUUUGUGGCCAGGAAGUGCCAGGAGGAAUUGGCCUUGGGACUGCAUCCAGCGCCUGCAGGCGCUGGGGGAGCCUGAGCGUGCUGCCCGCCCCGCAGCUGCAGCGGUUGGGACUGGGACCAGCCCCUCUGUGCUCCAGAUGUGUUCCCAGCCUUCUGAAACUUGGCAUCAGCCUCACAGGCAGCCUGACACACCAAAGUCAGCCCAGCCUAGCGGAGAUCCCAGCACCUGCCCCAGCCACCCUGUUUGCCACAGGCAAAGCUUGGUUAGCUAAGCCACACAAAUAGCCAGGUACCCAGUCUUGCUUUGACUUGUCAAGUUGUGGUUCCUUUCACACUUCGGGAGUUUGAAGAGUAUCGAGCCACUGGGUUUUUGGAACCUACAGCCCAGCUUGCUUUUUAAUUCCGUACAGCCCAUAUGUUCCCCUGCUCCCAGACCAACGAAACACUUGCAGUUUCCUUUGAAGCAGGAGUUAGGAUUAAAUCUUUGUUUUAGCUUCUUCAUGUAAAAUACCUGAGUUCUUUGUUCUUUUUAUUUUAAGCAGUCCUGAUCUAUUUGUGGGCUACCUUUUAGCUAAGCUAGUAAGAGUUAAAAAAUAGGAACAAAAUGAAUUUUAGCAUGAUGUGCAUUACUGUGUUUCAGUAACCUU